AUGGACUCUGGUUUUGUCUCUGUCCAUCAUUCCGUCCCGGUUGUCGAUGAGCGAAAGUGGCCAGCAAGGCCUGAAAACUACGAUAUAAGCUUAACCGAGCCUACGAAAGAUUUACAAAAUUCUCAUUUACUCAAAAAGAGUUCAAAAUUACGAGAAGAUGCGAACACAUCGCCGACAUUCAGCGAUAUUCUCUCCGCGCCGCCUGGUGUGCCCAAAAACCUUGAAGAUCGAUCAACAUCGGAGUUAGAGACCCGGCUUCAAGAGCUGGCGACGGGAAGCCCGAAAAUCUUGAGCGCAUCACAGAUACUACGCAUUUUAAUCCGAGAUCGUCAUGUGCGGCCCGAAGUUCGACAUUACAGAGCGCUCAUACUCGCCAACUCCGAUGCGGAGAGGGGCUCGCCGGAUGUUGUCCGCAAACUCCUCGUGGAAAUGGAGGAGAAUGGGAUACCUGCUGACUCGGGUACCCUUCACGCUGCGCUGCAGGCACUCGCCGUUCAUCCCGACUAUUUGCUACGUCAAGAUAUUUUACGGGCUCUUCGGGAUCGAUGGCUACCUCUCAGUCCUGCCGGAUGGCACUACGUAGUAGCUGGCCUUUUGAGGGAGAACCAAUUCGAAUUAGCACUGGAUCACCUGGCGAACAUGGAAAGGAAGGAGAUAGUGAUCGAGGACUGGCUACACGGCCUUCUGAUAUAUAACCUUUGCGAAAUCGGGGAUUUCGACGAAGUUCUCGAGCAGAUACGCAAACGCACAAGUCAGGGUCACGACAUGACUUCGGAUCUGUGGCUUUAUGUGCUAGACACGGCCUCAGCGGCUUCUCAUAUCGAAACUGUUCAGUAUAUAUGGACACAGAGGGUUCAGUUGGGAUACCUGAACCCUUCAAAAGUACUGAGCAGGAACACUCUUACUGUCACGGGUCGAAUGGGCGAUCCUCAGCUCGCUUCUUUCGUGAUUCGAUAUCUUUCUGACAGUGGCGUGGCAUUGGUCCUACAUGAUUAUGAGAAGGCUGUGGAGGCGUACGCAAAGGCUGGCAAGCUCUCUGCGGCGUUUGAGAUUCUCUGCAAGAUGCACAAAGCGGGUAUCAAAUUGGAACGCAGUUCGACGCGAGCCAUUUACAACUAUAUGGUACUGACUAAGACCAGUCCACGACAGGCGUGGACUAUCCUCAAGACACUGAAGUCUUUGAAAUACACUAUUCCAAUGGAAUGUGCGCAUGUGGUCAUCGAACUAUGCGAUCAUGAGUCGUUUGAUGACCCGUUCGCGGUCGACGAAGGUAUUGCUUUCUACCAGGAACUUUAUACGCUAUGUCCUGGCAAGGCCGAUCUUUCGAUUUACAAUACUCUUAUCGGAAUGGCUCGCCGAGCGAAGAACAUCCAAGCUGGCAUGUUUGCAGUGAAGGAAAUGUCGUCCUUCGGCGUAGUUCCGAAUGACACUACUUUCGAGCAUCUUGUCAUGAUGUGCUUAGAUGCAGGAAACUUUGAAUCUGCAUACAUGUACUUCCAAGAUCUAGUGGCACGCGGAUUUCGUCCUCGGGGUUACAUGCGUCGAAAGAUAAUCGAGAUCUGUUCCGCGUCAGACGAUCCUUUUGCGUUACAACUCAGAAACCACCCCCGCGUGCAGGAUACUGGAGACCGGGAUCAGGCCGAUAACACUAAAUCCGAAUUGGAGCACUCCGUCGCCAUUCUGAAGAUUGCGUCCGAGGCACCACCCAGACAUGCAGAUCGUCAUCUGCAUUGGAUGCAGGGGCUUCCCUCAAAAAUAGAGCGACGAGCUGCGAAUAAGGAGCGUCGUAAGAGGAAAAGAAGACGGUUGGCGAUGGAGAGAGCCCAAGAAGAGGACGACUGGAUGGACUAUGAGCCAGGAGGUCUUGUGCCUGAGGAUCAGAUGAAGGCAGAUCCGACACUAAACAACUAG